AGAAUCUCUCUCUCUCUCUCUCUACUGCAACUCGAAAUCGUGAUCGUACGUCCGGCCACCGAGAUGAUUCCAUCUGUUUAGUGCGUCUUCGUGCCUAUAAAACCUUUUCUCUCUCGUUCCCUUCACUCAUCUCAAUCUCGAUUUCUUUACUCUCGAAGAUGAAAUUUUCAGUCUUUCCCAGAAAUUGAGCAUCCUCUGUUGCUGAAUUGCUCGGAUCGUUGCGAAAUUAGGGGUUUUUGAUUGGUUUAUUUGUAACCUAGAAAGUAUCGAUUUUGCUAAUUCCCCAACUCUCGACGAUGAAAUUUUCGAUCUUUCCCAGAAAUUGAGUGUUCUCUGUUGCUGAAUUGCUCGAAUUGCUGCGAAAUUAGGGUUUUUGAUUGAGCUGAUUGUAACCUAGAAAGUAUCGAUUUUGGGGGUUUUUAGCGAUGGAAGACGGCGAGCUUGAAGUGUUUUCAAGCAACGGUUCGAUAGAUAGUUUCUUCGAUGGGCUUUUAAUGGACUCUCAUCAUCAUCAACAAGGUGCUUGUACCCACACUCACACGUGUAACAACUCCACGGGAACAGAGCCGCACGCUCACACUUGCUUCCACGUCCACACCAAGAUUCUCCCUGAGGACAGCGACGAGAAAGUCUCCACGGAUGAUACAGCUGAGUCUUGUGGCAAGAACGGUGAAAAGAGGCCUUUGGGGAACAGAGAAGCCGUUAGGAAGUAUAGAGAGAAGAAGAAGGCUAAAGCUGCUUCCUUGGAGGACGAGUGUUCGAGGCUCAGGGGGUUGAACCAGCAGCUUGUGAAGAGGCUGCAGAGUCAGGGUGCCUUGGAAAGUGAAGUCUCGAGGCUUAAGUGUUUGCUUGUGGAUUUGAGAGGGAGGAUUGAUGGGGAGAUUGGGUCUUUUCCUUAUCAGAAACCGAAUAUUCCUUCCUUCUCCCACUUGGUGAAUCCUUGUAACGUGCAGUGUGAGGAUGAGGUUUAUUGCCUUGGGGAUGGGUUUGGAGUGGGGAAUAAUAGGCAAGAAGGUGGUGGUGAUUUUGACCAGCUUCAAUGCAUGACUGAUCAGAACUUAAACGGUUCAUUCAACAGUGCCAAUGUAUCUGCCUCUAAUAAGAGAAAAGGUGGGCAUCGUGGACCGAAAGCAGCUUGAAGCAAUCAUCAAGCUUGUACCAUCUAUUUUACACCAGGAUAGAUAUUGUAUUUCCAAAUAAGUUUGUAGAGUUCAGCUGCUGCAUCAGCUUCACUCAGGUUCCUCUUUUGUUUCCUUUUUUUCUUUUUUGAAACUAUUUUCCUUCCAUUGUAUUAUUGUUGUUGAGUGUGCCGUACCAAAUGAGAUUAUUUGUUAAUAUAAAGUCAAAUCUUUCCGUGUGUGUU